UUAAAUGUCAUCUAAUCCGAUUAGAAACGUCCGGAAACUACUCGUAACUCUCAUCAACCUGCUAUAAAUAAAGGUAGACUGUAGCUUGGCGAAAAUUCACGUUAAUUAAACAUAAUUAAUUAUUUUAACAGGUAAAAGCGACUAAAUUGCACAGUUUAAAAUAAACAACACGAGGGACCGAUUAUCAAACACAAGAGGGCAGCAGAGGGCAGGGCAUGGAACCAACGAAGAAGAAAACCACUUCCUGGUUAGUCGUGGCCAAAAGCUGUGUGGAACUUACGAAUGCGUUCUGUUUAUGUUUAAAAUGACUAAAUUGAAGGACGGGCGAUUGGAGAACACCAGUGUGGCAUCUGAGAUCGAUCGCUUGGAGGAGCGACGGGCUCGUUGCCAAGACAACCUGGAGAAGGCGGAGUUUCGAAGCAGGAAGAAGUUGUCAGAGGAGGAGAGGCAAGAACUAGAAAAAGAAAUGGCAACAAUAAUCGGAAGGGUGAAAAAGUUGGACAAGGAGUUACAGAUGUUACGCAGGGAGAACAGGAAGAACACAAUGCUGUCGGUGGCCCUGCUGGCCGCUUGCGCACUCUUCUACUAUGUCUUCAUCUACACCGACGGCUCAUCCUGACUCUAAAACCUGUUGAAAUCCUAUCCUGGUCUAUACUACCAAUGGCCAAUAAAGGAGACACUCAGGACUAUGAGUUGCUACCUACUUUCUGCCUCUAGAUGGCGGUAUUGUCACUUGUGUGACCUGUAUGGCCUCUUUUGUAACAACAUCACCAAGUGAGCUUAUCAUUUAGUAAAUAAAUACACGUGCCAAUGUUUUCUUCAUAUCAAAGAUCGUUUCAAUGAAACCGAAUGAUGCAUAACAAACAUGCCUCCUGUGUCUAUUUUAUGUACUAGAGAUAUAACAUGAUAAGAAAAUAA